AUGGUAACACGUAUAAUAAAAAUAGGAGGUGCAUCAAUAACAGAUAAAAGUCAAUUUGAACAUGUUAAAUUAUCAAAUAUCGAUUUUAUCGUCGAUUUAUUUAAAAAUAAUUAUAAAAAUUUAAUUUUAAUUCAUGGUGCUGGUUCAUUUGGUCAUCAUCAAGCUAAAGAAUUCCGAUUAAAUGAAGGUUAUAUAACUACAGAUGAUUAUGAAAAAUGUCGAUUAGGUGUUUGUGAUACUCGUAGAUCAUUAGGACAUUUACAAAAAUAUUUAUUAGAUGCAUUUCUUCGUGCACAAAUACCAGUUGUUGGUAUAUCACCAUUUGAUUUUCUUAUAUCUGAUCAAUUUGAAUUAAUUGAUGAAACUUAUAAACAUCUUUGUCAACGUUUAGAAAUACUUCUUUCAAAUGGUUAUGUUCCACUUUUACAUGGUGAUGUUUUAUUAGAUAAAACAAAACAUUGGAGAAUAUUUAGUGGUGAUGAUCUUUUAUUAAAAUUAGCCGAACAUUUUCAUCCACGUCAAUGUAUUUUUUUAACAUCAGUACCAGGUAUUCUUCAAUCAAAUGGAAAUGUUAUAGAAGAAUUUUAUAUUGGUGAAAAUAAAGUUGAUGAACUUAAACAACAAUCGACAAGUAUUGAUGUAACAGGAUCAAUGCAGAAUAAAGUCAUGAUUGCUAGUGAUAUUGUUAAUAAAAUAGAUAAUUGUCAAGUAUUUAUUAUUCAAGGUGUUAGUGAAAAUGCAAGACAACUUUUAACAUCAUCAUCAAUGGAUGAUGAAGCAUUUAUUUUACAUGGAAGUACAAGAAUUUUGAAAAAAACUUGA